CCUCCUCAUCCUCAUCUUCCUCAUCCUCCUCCUCUUCCUCCUCCUCCUCAACCUCCCGGGCGGGAGACGAGCAACUCGGAACCGCGCUCACCGUCUGUCGCCUCGGAUUGAAUUGCAGCGCGGCAGCGGUCGGGUUUCUCUCGGGGAGAUCAGGGUUAAAGUCCCCCCUUCCCCCCCCCACUGGCCGCGGUGCGCGCGGAGAGUCGGCGGCUCGGAGCGGCAUCAGGGAGCAAAUAACCCCGCGGAGCGAGGACCGGACGAAGGGAAUAAAAGAGGAACCAGGACGACGUCCGAGCUGAAUCCGCCGGGCCUGCCGGCUAUGCCCCGGAGCCCCACCUCCAGCGAGGAUGAGAUGGCCCAGAGCUUCUCCGACUACUCCGACGACUGCGCCUCCGACAGCUCCCGCGAAGAGACCAUCUACGAGACCAUAAGGGCCACCGCCGAGCCCCCCGCCGGCCCCAUGGACGACGUACACGCCAACUCGCUGGUCGUCCGGGUCCUCGUCCCGGACCUGCAGCAGACGAAAUGCUUGCGCUUCAACCCGGAUGCGACGGUUUGGGUUGCCAAGCAGCGGAUCUUGUGCACGCUGAACCCCGGCCUGAAAGACGUGCUCAACUACGGCCUUUUCCAGCCGGCCAGCGGUGGGCGGGACGGCCGCUUCCUGGAUGAAGAGCGCAUCCUCCGAGAGUACCCGCAGCCAAUCAGCGAGGGCGUCCCGUCUCUGGAGUUCCGCUACAAGAGCCGAGUCUACGGGCAGCCCGACGUGGACGAGAAGCAGAUCGCCAAGCUGCACACAAAGGCCAACCUGAGGAGGUUCCUGGACCUCAUCCAGCACAAGCAGGUGGACAAGGUGCUGAAGUUGUUGGAGAGAGGCUUCGAUCCCAACUACCAUGACGAGGAGACUGGUGAGAGUCCGCUGACCUUCGCCGCCCACCUAGACGACGUAGUGGAGCUGAUCAAGGUGCUGAAGGACGGAGGAGCUCACCUGGACUUCAGAGCCAAAGACGGCAUGACGGCCCUCCACAAAGCCGCUCACUCCAAGAACCUGGUGGCGCUCACGGCGCUGCUGGAGCUGGGCGCCUCUCCGGACUACAAGGACAGCCGGGGUCUGACCCCCCUGUACCACAGCGUGCUGGUGGGCGGAGACCCGGGCUGCUGUGAGCUGCUGCUGAGCCAGCAGGCCGCCGUGUGCUGCCAGGACGAGAACGGGUGGCACGAAGUCCACCAGGCUUGCCGUCACGGCCUCGUGCAGCUGGAGCAUCUGUUGUUCUACGGAGCAGACAUGAGCGCUCAGAACGCCUGGGGAACCACCAGCCUGCACAUCUGUGCCCUGUACAACCAGGACCACUGCGCCCGAGUGCUGCUGGUCCGCGGCGCCGACAAAGAAGUGAAGAACUACAACAGCCAGAGUCCGUUUCAGGUCGCCAUCAUUGCUGGAAACUUUGAGCUCGCCGAGCUCGUCAAGAACCACAAAGAGACCGAUAUAGUGCCUUUCCGCGAGGCUCCGGCCUACUCCAAGCGCCGCCGGGGUCCGUCUUCUGACAACGAGCGGUCCCCGUCCUCACUGUCGGCGCCGCGGGUCCUCCUGCGCUCCAACAGCGACAACAACCUAACGGUCAGCCAGUACCAGCAGCAGCAGCAGGGCUCCCCCGGCAAUUGGGCCCCCCAUCUGCAGCAACACGCCCAGCCCCACCCGCACAGGGGCCCCCAGCAGGGUCACUCGCAGCCUGGCUCCUCGGCACUGCAUCGCAGCCUGUCCCCCCAGUUGGUCCAGCAGAUGCCCAGCGGCAGCCCCAAUGGCAACGUGGUGGUGCGGACCAUGGGGAGGGGGGCCAGGAGCCGGUCGCCCUCCCUCAGCCGGCUGGGGGAGGAGGCCCGGCGGGCCCUGCCCACUCAGCGCCAGCCCAGCCCCGGCGGCCCCAGCGGCCCCAGCGAGGGGCGGGGCUCCAGGAGGAAGCUCUACAGCGCCGUGCCCGGCAGACACUUUGUGGUGGUCCGUCCGUACGUCGCUCAGGCCGAGGGGGAGGUCACCCUCUACAAGAGCGACCGGGUCAAAGUCCUGAGCAUCGGAGAGGGGGGGUUCUGGGAGGGCAGCGCCCGCGGCCAGGUGGGCUGGUUUCCAGCCGACUGCGUGGAGGAGGUCCCGGCCAAGGCCACCGAGGAGAGGAGCUAUUCCCGGGCGGACCGCGCCGACAGACGGAAGCUCUUCAGGCACUACACCGUGGGCUCCUACGACAGCUUCGAUGCCUCCAGCGACUGCGUGGUGGACGAGAAGACCGUGGUGCUCCAGAAGAAGGAGAACGAGGGCUUCGGCUUCGUGCUGCGAGGAGCCAAAGGUACGAACGUUCCCCUCGGCUCUGCCUCCACUCGGCUUCACCGUCCUCAGCGCGCGCGCACGCACGCACCGCACGCACACGCGCGCGUCUUCGCUGUCAGACUGUGCGCUUAAGUUUAAAAAAAAUACAUUUUAAGGCAAAGCAAUUUUAUUUGUACAUUUGCACAUUUCAACAACAAGGCAAUUAAUUAAAAAUUAAUUGAAAGCAACUUUUCUGUGACCUCUAGAGAACGCGCACGCACACACGCACACACGCACACACACACACACACACACACACACACACACACACACACACACUGUAUUCUAGUUCUUUUCCUCGGAUGAUGGAUCAGUUCUUUUGGUCUCCAGAAGACAUUUAGUCCUCGCCUCAGAGAGGACAGAAGACAGAGGACGUUGUAAGAAGUAUGAGGGUUCUCCGCUCCGCGUCUCUGCACUUCGGGGUCGAGGGGAACAUCUGGAGUGUGACAUCACUGCUUGGUGGCGUGCACGUUGACCGCGUCGCCCGUCGUCCUGAUUGAGGCGCUUUGAUGCAGACGGGCUCUGAGAAGAGCUGCGUCGUUUCUAUGACGAUUCUCACCACGUCAUAAUCCACGCCGCGUUCACGAGGAAGAGGAAGGAAGAGGAAGAGGAAGGAAGAGGAAGAGGGAGGAAGAGGA